AUGCCGUGCUGCUGCAGACCUCUGAGCUGCACGGUGAUGAAGAUGAUGAAGAUGAUUUCUCACUUGGUGAUUCCCCCCUGCAGUAAGAUGUUCAAGUCUCUGGACCUGUCUCUCAUCGUGGAGUUCAUGCUGAUGUUCUACAAAGACAAGCCCAUCGACUGGCUGCUCGACCACAUCAUGUGGGUCAAAGUGUGCAACCCCGAGAAGGAUGCCAAACACUGCGACCGACAGAAAGCCAACCUGAGGAUUCGCUUCAAACCGUCGCUGUUCCAACACGUCGGCACACACUCCUCUCUGGCCGGGAAAAUACAGAAACUCAAGGUACAGGAU